UGGGCAUUGAAAGGAUGCUUCAUGGCAACCCUCGCUCCGGACCGGGCAGGAGAGAAGAGGCUUUAUAGGACGCCGAGAUUUUUAAAGAUCUAAAAUGAUCCACCGUUGACUGAGUUCCCUCAGUGGAGAUGAAGUGGUGUAUCCUCCAUCAUUCAGCAGUAGCCUUCAGGAACAUAAUAUGGUGGAGGACUGCCUAAUGGCACGGGGUAACAGCACAAGGGGGCCAUGCUUUAAAACAUGGGAAGCUGCAAGAAAGAGGACUUUGAGCACAGAUUCCAUUAAACACUGAGUGGCACCAGGACUGGUAAAGCAUCUCAUUAAGGCUCUAUCUGCUAAAAAGGAAUCAUCAGGCCCCCCGUCUGACUGAGAAAUGCAAAGAGAAGUAUAACCGAGACAAGAAAGGACCUUCAGACCCCAAUAUCAAGGCUCACUCCUAGUAACCAUGGAAAAGAUGUAAGAUUAGAUUUUCACCGUUGAACAGAAAAACCCUGCAGCCCCAGAGGGGAACGAAACCUUUUUUAUGGAUCCGGCAUCACUAGGGAAUUGUUGAGAGAGAAGCUCGGAUUUGUACAACAUGAGUGGGCAAGAGGAAAUAGGAGGUCUGCAAGACAGCCUGCAUGAGGAAGUAAAGAACAAUAACAAGCAGCCUUUGCUCCCUCUGCACGGGGACGCCAAUGCCAACCCAGUCCCCGUGGAGGAAAGCCAUGCUGAGACUGGCAGCCCGCUUCCACCCCUGCUUUCACAUGGAAGCACUGAGGAAAGGAUUCUCAUUUGGGGCACCCAUGCCGGAAGCGAGGACCCAGAGCUGGAGGAGUUUGAGUUAUUAGAGAGUCAGGAGCUGGAGGCAUUUCUGAAAGAGGAAGAUCAUACAAGUAAAAAGGGGAUGCAGAGGGAGUUCUGUCCGGGACAGGCCGCUGUGACGUCCUCCAGGACGGCCAGUGGUUCCAGCGUGACAGACCAAAAUGCCAAUCACGGUGGGGAAGCAGACGCAGACCAGAGCGCUCAGCCCCUAGACCUCAGGACCGCCGCCUCUCGGUCCGGUGGGAGGCGGAGUCUAAGAGAAGGGCGCUGCAGCUCCGAAAACAGUGUAUUCAUCUCGGCUCUCUUGGCAGUGAGCAGCCUGAGUGGGAGCUUGGCCAGCGCGCUAGACAGCGCCGGAUGUGCACAAACUCCCACCUCUCUGCCAAGCAAGUCUACCUCGGACAAGGGCAGGAUCCAGCAGCCAGUCAGCCAGCAAGCCCUCAUCCUCUCCUCACACAGCAGGGAGCAGCCCAGGGACAUGGACCAGAACCACAACGCAACCAAACUGUCUCAGGGAUCUGAACACGAGCACCGUGGCUUGAGCGCCGAGAAUGGCAGCUGUCCAGCUGAAGGUCAGUGCUGGGGUGUGGACAGGAGACAUAACAGGCAAGAGAACGGCCUGUUGUCUAAAUUCCAGAGAAACCUUGAAAGAGUUCCGCCUUCUCGCAGGCAGCUCGUGCGACCUCUCUCUCCUGAGACAGAGCAAAGAAUAACCUCAGGACAUACUGGACACGUGGAUCCCUCGCGAGGACAGCGGCUGCAACGCUCCUCGGACGCGGGGACCAAAGCCAGCAGCCAUCAGAAUGACCAAAAGGAGCCAGCAGAGACCAGCAGCAAUGUCCAGUCUUUCGGCUCAGGCUCAGGUACCCAGUCCAGUCAGAGCUCCAAAAAGACUGGCUCCAUCCUCAGGAGGCAGGGCUCAGCGGAGCAAGCUCCUAGCCCUGUGGAUAGGAAGAGCCACUUCAGCCGCAGGGCCUACAGCAGUCCCACCAGACCCUCCACCCCCCCGUCUCCCAGGACCACAGGUUCUCCUCAGAGACGCCCUCCAAUGUCACCUAUGAGGAACCGAGUGCCCGCCCGAGCUCCUCAGCUUGGCUAUGGUGCUUCCCAAGGGUACAGUUCUGGUCUAAGACCUCCAGUCAAAACCUCCAUCAACACUAGCGUGCAAACCCCUUCUCCCCAGCAGGGCUGUAGUGAGACAUCUCCUCCGUCAAAGAGCCCCCCAAAACCCAAAAGUGUCCCGGCCUAAAUCAUCACCUACAUACGCAAAAGCCCCCAGGCGAAGCCCCAGGCCCUUGAUGGCCCAUAUGAGGCCUCCUCACUACCGACCAGACUCUCAGCCUGUACCAGCUCACCAAGUCCACAACCAGCUACAGGGGAGCCAGCUGGGCCUCCAGCGCUGAGUGCCUCCAACCUGCUCUACGACAAGUACCGGCAGGAGCUGCAGAAGGCUCGGAUUUUAUCACCUGGGCUGAUGGUGUCGGGGAUAAAGCCCCCUAGUCAGACCAUGCCCCACAAAGCUGCCAGUAGGGUACUCAGCUUCUACAGCUCUUUGAGCAACAAGUACCCACCAGUGGGGACUGGCAGCUCUCCAGCCACCCUCAGGCCCCCUGUCUCUGGAUCUGAGGACCCCUCAGAAGCCCAGAUGGCAACUCAGGAGACACGUGCUCUAUUCCGCUCGCCUCGAACCCUGAGACCACAGCUCGGUGUUGGUGCUGUCAGUAGGGCUCCACCCACUGCUGUUAAGAGCCGGUUCUUCACAGGGCAGAAGUCACCUCUGGCUAUCAAUCCAGUGCAGGCGGUGACUCCAUCGGUGACGCUACCAGCCACUCUGACCGCAACCCCUCCACCAACCCCACCAGCAACCUCAUCAGUGACCCCAUCAAUGAUCCCAUCAGUGACUCAAUCUUCUCAAAGUCCUCCAGAACCUUUAGACCAGAAGAGACCAUCAGCGGCAGGGCUGGCUGCCAAGUCCCUGCUGCCCAAGGCGUCUGUGUCUGGUCUGCGGCCCCCUGGCUACUCCCGCCUGCCCCCGGGCCGCCUUGCCGCCUUCGGCUUCGUCCGCAGCUCCAGUGUGUCCUCCGUCUCCAGCAACCACUCUGCUGACAGCAUCCGCAGUGACCCCUCCAGACCGGAGCAGUAUCGUCCCAGCAGUGUGAGUGAUGACCCCCCCUUCCGCAGGGUCAUCACAGCGGCCAGUGGGGACGGGCGCAGCAGCCCCCAGCCGCCGAGCACACCCGUGCCCGCCCGUCGCCCACUGCUACCCCCACCGCCCGCCUCCCCAGUGGGCUCACGCAAGGAGUCCCAGAACAGAUCUGAUGGCCCUCGUUCUGCACUCUCGUCCCCAAAGCGGCUGGCUGUCGUGACGCCUAAACCCCAGUCACCAGUCAUGCAGAGACAGAGGGCAGCAGCUGCAGCCACCCGAGUUCCCGGGGCUCCAGGGGUCCCUGGGGUGCCCGCGGGGCCGGCCGCGCCGUUCACGGGGCGCGGAAGCGGGUCCCCAGGAGUGGACAAGAGAAAAGAGGAGGCACAGAGGAAGGAGAAGGAGCGGGAGGAGGAGGUGCUGCGUCUGCAGGCGCAGUGUGAGGAGCAGGCCGGACAGGUGCUGGAACUGCGUGCUAAGCUGAGGAGGACCGCACAGGGCUUGGACGCCUUCUCGGUGUGCACGCAACACUUCAGCCUCAAGUGCGAAAAUGCAGAGCAGAAACAGAAGGACUUGUUUGUGGAACUCAGCAAGAUUCGGGAGGAAGUCAAUUUCGCCACUGCACGCUGGGAGCGGCUGCAGCAGGAGAAGGCUGAGCUGGAGUACAGCUUUAAACAUAAGCUGAAGCAGCUCCAGGACCAGCAAGAGUCUGAGCUUGUGGCUCUGGAGGAGGAGCUAAGAACCCGCCAUGCCUCCGACAUGGCCCAUCUGAGAGCUGAGCACCAAUCACACGUGGAGGAACUGCGAACCCAGCAACAGGAGCAGAUCGAAGAGUUAACAGCUCAGCACGAGGCUGCCUUGGAAGAUCUGAGAACAAUGCACAACAUCACCAUGGCAACACUGCAGGAGGAGCAUGCAAGGACCAUGAGAGACCUGAGGAAAGCCCACGAGCAACAGAAAGCUACUUUAGAAAGCGACUUUGAGAAGCACAGACAGUCUCUGCAGGAUGAGGUAGACGUGUUGACGUUCCAGAACCAAGCCUUGCAGGACAAAGCUAAACGCUUUGAGGAGGCACUGCGCAGGAGUGCUGAUGAGCAGAUAGUGGAUGCUCUGGCUCCAUACCAGCACAUAGAGCAGGACCUGAAGAGCUUGAAGGAGGUUCUGGAGAUGAAGAACCAGCAGAUCCAUGACCAGGAGAGGAAGAUCUGCCAGCUGGAGAAAGUGCAGGCCCAAAAGAACGUGUACCUGGAGGAGAAGGUGCAGGUGCUGCAGCAGCAGAACGAGGACCUGAAGGCCCGUAUUGACCGCAACCUUGUCAUGUCCAGGCAGCUGUCUGAGGAGAACGCCAACCUGCAGGAGUAUGUGGAGCGGGAGUCCAGCGAGAAGAAACGGCUAAGCCGAGACAACGAGGAGCUGCUGUGGCGUCUGCAGACCAGCCCCCACCUAUCACCCUGCUCCUCCCCCAGCCACAGAGUCUUCUUCCCCGGGUCCGACAUCCCACCCUACCCUUAUUCCCCGGGCCCAGGAACCCCCACUCACUCCUCCUACUCACCCGGGCCCCGCACCCCCGUGCACAGAGUGGUCUCUCCCGGCCCAGCCACACCUACUCACAGGGGUUCACCAGCAGCUAGGAGUUCCCCCGCACGAGUCCCCAAUGCCAACACACUACCCAGAUAAGCUGUACAGCAAAAAAAAACAAACCAACAAAAGACCCCAAACUGAGCUCAAACUCCUCCCUGUUUUACCACUCGGUUCUCUUUUUCACUUUUUCAGAGUACCGUACUUCAUCAAAGUUCUAAACGUUUUUGUUCCCUGUUGACGGUUUCACAAAAAGAUUUCAGCGUUUUGAGGUGGAAUGUGGAAACUAAGUUCCCUCACGUUCUACUGAGUACGUAGACAACUCACGGCCAUCCACAGAUGCUGCCACCAAUGAGCUGGUCACCUGCAGGGCUGAUUCCCCAGCCCACGCCUGUGAAGGUCAGACUCAGAGCACCACUGUGAAAUAAACAGUGCUAACUGUGUGUGGAAUCAGAGCCAUGCAUGGUGUGUAUUCCCUGAAGCUCCUGUAUAUCUCUCUCCAUAGUUCAGUGAAUAUUCUCCAGUCCUUCCUCCUCAGCAGUCUGUUGUCCUUCUUGACGCUAAUUCUGAAGCAGAGGCCAGAAUCAGAACGCAGACCUCACACUACAGGUGAAGCCUUAGAUACCUGCCUCUCCACCUUCUACUCACCACCAGCAGUCCAUCUGGGCUCAAAGGAAGCCAUGAUUCAACGUUUCAGAGCAGGAGCAUGUUCAUCUUAGUCACUAUAGAUACAUCAUUCAGAAACGGUUUUCGGAGACAUUUUAAAGUCGCAGGGUGUAAGUCAGAGUCUCCUGGGUGUAUGGCAUGCCUUAAGGUCCGGAUGCAAUAUACCAGUUCUUUCUUACACAAUGAUUUAACACUAAUUUUGAGACUGAAAUUAGAAUUGUAAUGGAAUGAAUGAGCUAUCUGGAUUCAAUCAUACAAAUUAUUGCUUUUUUUAAAAAGUGUCACACUUAUAAUGCUGACAAAUUUUGGACAUAUAUUUUACGCAUGACUUUCAACGCAUUAUAGUUUAGUCAUGUCCACUGGGUGUAUCCAGGUCUUUCAUUUGGUUUGCCAGUGCUCUCUCUAACACCCUUCUCAAGCCAGCCUUGAAAUUGAAGUCUGAGCCUUAACAGAAGCAUAUAGACAAUGCCUUUGGGAUAAACAUAAGAACCAGGACUGCGGCUUUAAAUGUGAGCUGCUUGCAGUCCUCCAGGGUAUUGGCUUUGGCAGAGUCCCUUUCAUGGCUAAGAUAGGUUGGCUGGCAUAACCUCAAACUACCAAUAAACUCUCUAUGUCAGUGCAGCCUCUGCUCUGGUCUUCCAGUACUGUCUGUGAUGGCUUCCGCUCAGGGUAACACCCCUCAGGUUGCCAUGCACCUAUGGAACUUUCUCAAAGGCCCCAUAAAAUUUCAGUGUUUGCCUCACACACCAAAACAGGGAGGUGUAGAGCGUGUAAAGAUACCGACUACGGGAACUGUUGUAAAUGUUGCUGUCAUUUUUUUACUAGUAAUAUUUGUAUGGUAGAUCACGGAAUUUUUUGCUAUGUGCAUGUGUUGUACAAGUCUUCCAGGCUUUUUGUUGUUUUGUUUUGUUUUGUUUUGUUUGUUUGUUUGUUUGUUUGGGUUUUUUGUGAGAAUUUGGAUAGUGGAUAAUGUAGUUGCUGGGAUCCCGGGU